CAAAGCCAGGAUAAUCUUCAAGGGUGGAUGACGGAACCAGCCAGCCUUUCUGCGGGUGCAGAGCAGACACAGAAAAAAGAGAGCGUUGCUGUGCAGUUGAUGAAGCAGGAAAAGGAAGUUGGUGCUCCCUCCAAUGAACUUGUUUCAGCAAGUGCAGCUACUGGCCAGAAAGACCAGACUACAUCAGACUAUGUGUACAGAAGUACCAGGAGACCUGAGAAAACUGAUAUGAUUAAAUCACUUGUGACAGAUCAGGAUGCAUCUAGAAACUGUGAACUGUAUCUGCCUGUGUCUAGUAAUUGUUCAGCAGUGGAGUCAUCUGAGGACAGUGAGGAGGACAUGUAUCGUGAUGCAGAAGAAAUAGAGAGAGAGAAAAUAUUACUUUCUGAGACAGGCUCUUCAGAAUAUAAACUAAGUGUUGCACCUGAAAUGGACAUCAUGGAGUAUUGCAGGAAAGAAUGGAGAGGAAAUACACCAGCAGCAAAAAGGAUGAGAAAGGGAUAUGAAGCAGUUGCUCAGAAGUUUGCAUCUAUAAGGAGAGUACGAGGAGAUAACUAUUGUGCUCUCAGGGCAACUCUGUUCCAGGCACUAAGCCAAGCUACCCAGUUACCAAGCUGGCUGCAGAGUGAGGAUUUUACUAUGCUUCCUGAAAACUUGCUGAGUGAAUAUGACUGGAUCAAGCAGUGGCAGCUAAAACAGAAACUGGGCAGGAAGAUGGGAGAAAUAAGUGAUGAAAUUAAAGAAUAUUUAGUGCUUCUAAGGAAAAAGUGGAAGAGUAUAAGUGAAAUCAAGGGUCCUAUUGAGAAACAAGAAGCCUGUGAUAAAUUGUUUAAAAAUGAAGAGGAGGAGUAUAGUCUUUAUGAAGCACUGAAGUUUUUGAUGCUUAAGACUGCCAUUGAAUUAUACAACGAUGAUAAAAAUGGAAGGAGAGUUCCUGUCUUCUCAUGGUUACUGUUUGCACGGGAUACAUCUAGCAACCCUUGUCAGUUAAUGCAUAAUCACUUGAAUCACAUUGGUCACAGUGGAGGCCUUGAACAAGUGGAAAUGUUUCUCCUCGCUUACGCUCUGCAGUAUACCAUCCAAGUGUAUCGACUGUAUAAAUACAGCACUGAUGAAUUCAUCACACUUUAUCCCAAUGACCCAGAGGAGGACUGGCCUGUGGUGACUCUCAUAACUGAGGAUGACAGACAUUAUAAUAUUCCAGUCAGAAUGUGCCAAGAGACUGUGCUGUAAACAAGUGACUUUUGGCAGACAAACCUGUGCUGCUUAUUGAUCUUUCCAGUGCUAUUUUGAAACAGGAUGGUGAUGAAAUCUGCGUUAUUAAAUCUACAGCAACUUGAAAUC